AGGAAUAAUUGAUAAGAGCCAUUCGUGAAUGGUCGAGGUCUAGGGAAUCGUGGGUAAACCUUUCAUAAUAGAAAUUAUAUCUAACAAAAUGGCAGAAGAGCUGGAGGACGUUCGGGUGUCAAUCGUGGGUGGGUCUGAGUGGGGCCAGUCUAUUUUGGUGGAUAAGGUCCAAAGGGCCCUUCAAAGAGGCAGCACGAAGAUUCAUAUCAUUCACGGAUAUGUCGUAGAUACGAAUAGCGACGUUCGGGUUUUGACCGGCCCAGUGAUUGGCGAAGUGACCAUGGACUCGGCUUUCAUCCUGCUUGAGGUGCAAGGACAAGACAAGUACACUCCCGUGACUUGCAGAUUGUACAAAGACCCCGAACAUGACGAGCCCGUUGCCGAGGUGAGCUUGGAACUGAAGGCCAAACGGCCGUCCACAUUUCAGUUCCAUGAUCUCGAGCCCAACACCCGCUACACUGCCGUUUUCAAUGGGGUCUGCAAAUACAACGCCACUUACCGAAUGGCCCAUUUCAAGACUAAAUCCGAAAACGUCGAGCAUUUCCGCAUUCUGGCCUUGAGCUGCGAUCGACCCAGUCGUUUGCUCUUGGGACAACAGGAUCCAUGGAUGAAUAUGCUCAAACGAAUUGCCACCGUGGACGUUGUACUCCACGUUGGGGACCAAAUCUAUCCCGACAACGAAGACAUUGCACACGCUGAUGCGAUUUUCGGCCAACUGUACGACGGUUUGUCCGCCGACAAACAAAGGAGCAUGAUGUUAAGGGGUCGGGAACUCUGGCGGAGUAAGUAUAGGUCGGUGUUUUCGCGAGAAGGCAAAGUGGAGGUGUUGGCCAAUUGCUCCAACCUUAUGAUUUGGUCCGACAACGACGUGGCUAAUGACUUCACUACAAUGCGAAAAGCGGACGGAUCACAGAUGUACCAUCCGAAUUUUCUCCAAUGCGGUAUGCGGACCUACCGAGAGUACCAACGAAAGUUGUGGGAUCCGGACUGUUCUUUACAACUGGAGGAGGAGACCAAGGAGUGGCAUCAGCACAUCUACGGACCCGUGGGCAUUUUCAUGUGUGAUCUGCGCGGAAACCGUAUCAGCGGGAGUGGUCAGCAAGAGGCGGAAAACACUCUCUUGUCCGACGAGCAAUGGUCUCACAUUGAAAGCCUCUUCGUGAAUCCCGAGAUCAAAGUGAUUAUUUUGUGCUCGGAGACGCCAUUUGUCGGAGACGAACCUUCAGUUUGUCGUCAAAAGGUAGCAGACAACCCGUCCAUGGACUUUUUGCGAGACCACUGGCCCUACAACGAGGACGAACUGGUUCGGUUGCUCGAUCUAUGCUUCAACUGGAAGGCAGCCGGGGAGGCCGAGGCGAUUCAGCGCGACGUCCUUCUGAUUGGAGGGGAUAUCCACUGUGGGGUAACCAGCGUGAUUCGAGACGAUGACACCGGGUUGCAAAUCAACCAACUCACUACAAGCCCGGUCACAAAUCAUGUGUGCAAAUUCUUUCCUCCAUCAGAGGGAGUGAUUAAUCAAAGGUACAAUUUCAGUCACUUGCCUUUGGGGCAAAAGUUCAGGAACUACGCCGACAUACAAAUCUCCAUUGACGAGGAUUCUGUCAAUGUCCUUGGCCAAUUGAUCCCGGUCUCUACUGACAUCUUCAAAGAUACGACUUGGCAGGUUGAGGAUUCCGAAGAGGAGUGAUUUGGCUGUUCAAUCUUUUGAAACUGCUUUUAUUCAACAAUACAACGUCUCAGAUUUUAGAGUGCAAAUGACCGAAUUUGACACAUUUCACAGAUACAUAUUUUCUAUACCUCAGUCAUUUUUCGACGGCGGCUCUCGGGAGCUGAAUUGGACUUCCGUUUUCUAGCCCUAAUUAUGGGCGCUUCAACAUUUGGUUCACUUUUUCGUUGAAAUACACUCACAAAGAAUCCA